UUGGUUACCUGAUCACAUUAUGGUUACUUUUGCACAUGUAUGAUUCAAAAGUUGCUAUUGAACUCAAGAAGCUCAGAUCAAGUAGAUCCUUUUAGAUGUGUGGAUUCAGAUUAUGUCUUUAAACCUUACGUAAACACAAGCAUACCAGAAUAUUCACGUGUGUUGACAUUAUGGGGCGCAACCUGCCAACCUGGGACAAUGUUUAUUCUACGAUAUGACACGCAAACCUUCUCUAGUUCCACGUUACAAUGGUGAAGCUCCAUGGAGAUGAGUAGGAUGAACAAACAAGAGAUAGCCGCCCAGGCCUCUGGCAUUGCACUUCUAUUGAUAAGAAGUUCUUUGGACACCAUAUUACAGUUAUAGUGAUAUCAUUGCUAGAUAAACCCUGUGUCUGACAGUAUAAUGUGACUUGACCUGUUGUUAAAAUACUGGAUCCUGUUCUUGAUGUUGCUCUGCUCUGUCCUUUAAUUUACAGUUUUAUUGGCAUCAAAUAACAUAAAGUAAUAUUGGGUUUAACAUAGAUUCAGAGGAUAGUGCUUCCUGCCAUUAUAGAUUUAUUAUUUAAUUCUAAUUUGUGGAAUUAGGGGUUGUAUUGAGAAUAUCAGGGGAUUAGAUCUGAAAUGACUAGUUGUUUAACUGAUAAGUCGAUUGACAGAAAACUAUUUUGGUGACUGAUUAAUCGUUAAAGUACUUCUCUUAUUCCAGCUUUUCCAGUGUGAGGAUGUUAUGCUUUUCUCUGUUUGAUAUGGUUGUAAAUGUAAUAUAUAUAUAUAUUUGGAUUAUGGACGGUUGGUCAGAUGAUACAACCCAUUUCAAGAGCAUCAUGCUGGGCUGUGAGACCUUAUUGGGACCUGAAAGAGGAGAGAACAUUAUUUAGCAGAAAUGAUGCAAUUUACAGUGUGCAAAAAACCAAACUGUGGUGGCUUUGUCUGAGUGGCACCAGCUCAUGCAAAUGAGUGUCUAGGCAAAGUGCAGCCUGCUGAGCUGACACCACUGUGCAGCUUGGAAGUCAUGCACUAUUCACAGCUGAGAGUGAAGUCACAGUGGAUCCGGUGUGUGCUGAUGAUACGGUUACCCUGCUGCGUGCUGCCUGAAGAGUCGGACACUGUACUGUAGUUAUAGUAGCUUCUUCCAUACAGGUUAUCUUAGUCAUGUAAAGGCUGCUAGCAGAGCAUCAUAAAGUAGUGUUCACAUCUCAAUGUGAUCACUUUUUCAAUGAAAACAAUGUAAUGAGUGGUAGAUAAACAGUGUGGGUUGUUAUUAUCCUCACACUGUAGUAUAACAUGGCUAUUACCUCCCUAGGCAUCUGGUGGAUGGAGAGACGAUGGAGGUGAACAGAACAGAGGUGCCUCUAUAUGGACAGGUGGAGGCCCAUGUCAGGUUACAAGCCAACGCUCCUGAAGACGCUGAGUUUUAUGUUGUUUUAGAAGGUUCUGACCUCACACAUGUGACUGCAGCAAAAAGAGGAGAUGAUGGGCUGACCCUUUGCUUCACAGUUCCUGGUCAUGCCCUUGUGGAAGUUGUCUCUGUCACAUCCUACUUUUACGCAGAGGGCCAAGUCAAGCCAUGCGAGGAUGAAACAUCUCUUGAAUACCUCAGGGACGUUGCCCAGGAGGCGGCAGAGUACCUGAGCGCAAACAGGGACCAGCUUGGCCCCCAGAGCUACCUAGAGGUCCUGAAGAGGUUUUCCACGUGGGCGCAGGCAGCCGACGAGGAGCUCUCCGCUGCAGGUUUAGACAAGGAGGAUGUGCGGCUCAGACGAAGUUCAGGUGAUGAAGCUGGUCUCAGGCAGCUGGACGAGAAGAUCACACAAGCUAUGGCCAACAUGGAUUACCCUCAGCAGUGGAAAAACACUGACGGUCAGCCGAGAGAAGCUACUGAGCUCCAGCCCAAGGAAACCCUCCUUCACCUUGCAGUGCGCCUGGGUUUGGUCCAUCUCUCGCGCUUCUUAAUCCACCAACCAAGAGGUCAAAGGGCAUUGACCUCACCCAAUCAGGAGGGAGACACACCCCUCCAGUUGGCUCAGAAGGACGGACAGCACGCCAUGUUUAGGGUGCUGGCAGCUCCUCCAGGUCCAGCAGUAGGCCCUGUUCCAGGUGUGUGGUGUGUGUGGUCCGACAGCUCCUGCAUGCUGAGGUUUUGUCCCGCGACGGACUCCCUGACCCUGACUGUGCAGCAGGCACCGGGCCGCUGCCCUCAGGACAGUAUCGGGAUCCUCCGGGACAGACUGGGAGACGACGGCAUCCUCAAACUGAUCAAUGUGCUCAAAGCUGAUACUGAGGCAGACAAGAGGGGCAAAGAGGAAUUGCUCCCUCGUGAUGAAGGCUCCGAGCUCCGAGUGGAAGAGCUAGCGCUGGUGGACAACGUAUUUGAAGAACAGCUUGUUCUUUCUUUGGAUGAUGACGACAACGAUGAAGAAGAAUACCCAUCCUCAUUAUCUGUAAAUGGGCAUCCCAUGCAGUCCAUUGGAGAGGACCAGUUCAUCCAGCAUGCUACAGACCCUCUGCUCUCCAUGAUGGACAGCGGCGAUCAGACAGUCACACAUCACACACAGGAGGAAGAUGCCGAAAUAAUGAACAUUGUCAGUGGAGUGACCAGGGACAGCACAGGGACGGACAGCGGGCUGUGGGACGCGGUGGACUCAGAAGAUCUCCUGCCAGCUACUGGCACACCUCCACCCUACUCAGAGGAUUUCUACCUUCCCUCUCUCCCCUGCUCUCCCCCACUCUCACCCGCCGACCAGGCCCUCGCCAGGCUGAACCGCCCCGUGUCCUCUGAGCCGACCAAUCACAGAGAAAGUCCGCCCAUGGACACUUGUGACCUCAGUCCCAGUUUAGUGGCUCUGGAAGUGGACAGUGAAGAAGACAGCGCUGAGCCAAAGUCUCCACUUUCCCCGCUCUUGUCAGAUGUUGAGGAAAUUGAAGACAAAAUGGAAACCUAUCGUCCCUCCCCUGACCUCACAUGCACUCGCAGUCAAUCUGCCUCCUCAGCAUGUGAACCCACCACAAAAGAAAUGUGUGACCAGGGGAGUCGACUGCGUUCGUACUCCUACUCUUCCCCCAAAAUCAGCUUGCGUCCAGCUCGUUUUUCCCGGGACAACCACACUUCAGAUAUCAGCCCUGAUGGCGUGCUCCACAGUGUCAGCCACAGCCGAUCUCUCCUUCAGGCCCUCUCUCUGUCUAAAUCUCUGUCUCUUCUCCACCCUGGUAAGCAAAGAGCCUCCAGUAUAUCAGAGCAGUCUCAUGAAAAAAGGGAGAUUAGGUUCCGUCAGCGAGCCCAGUCUGCUGAUGAUGAGGGCAGCAUGGAGCUGGCAGAGUCCCUCCAACAUCUCACCCUGUCUGAGUUCCUCAAAGAAAUUGAAGAGGAGGAGUUGGAUAAGUACAACAUCCCGACAAAGGUGGAGUCAGAGAAGUACAAAGUCAUCCGCACCUUCAGUUUUCUCAAGAACCGGAUGUCCAGUACACGCAACAAGACCAAGGGGAAGGGGAAGGACAGAGAGACCAAGGAUAGGCCGCAGAAUGGACAUCGAUUCAACACAGGGUCCUGUUUGGGCCCUACCAUGUGCGUGGUGUGUGAUAAACCGGCAUCUGGAAAGGACCUGCUGCAUUGCUCCGUUUGCACUGCAAUCGUCCAUAAGGGCUGUAAGGAAUCUGUCCCCCCAUGUUUGAAGAAACUUCAGGACAAGUAUGCUGUUAACUUGGUGAAGGACAGGACAGCAUCCCUCCCACAGAAUUUCACAGUGAGAGACAGUCCUCCUCAGUGUGUCGUCCCCAUCUCUACCUCUCUGCCUGUCAUCAAAGACACUGAGACCCAGCCGUGCCUACUCUCUGGGACGUUCCCAAACAGUGACAGUCGGCUCAGUGAGAGUUCAGAGACGGAGUCUGACGCCUGGAAGAUCAACGGCCGCUCAGAAGAGCUCCUGCCGACUCCAGUGUCCUCCACCUCCACUGACUCAUCCUUCGGAGAAGACUGCGUUGAUGCGUGUGACAUCUCGGCCGAUGCUGUGGACUACAAGGCGGAGUCGUGGAGUCUUACCGUGGAGCACAAGUUCUGCAAGAAGCAGGACAAACGAGCUGUCAAGAGGCAGGAUGUGAUCUAUGAGCUGAUGCAGACCGAGCUCCACCACCUACAGACGCUACACAUCAUGGCCGAGGUUUUCCGGCGAGGCAUGAAGGAGGAAGUGCAGCUCGAUCCGGAGGCGUUGGAGCGGGUCUUCCCCUGUCUGGACCAGCUGCUUCUCUCCCACCGCGCCUUCUUUGCCGCCAUGAAGGACCGGCGACACAGCUCAGCCCAGCCCCAGGGGCACAGCAACUACCUCAUCCAGCGAAUAGGAGACGUCCUGCUCCAACAGUUUUCAGAUGAGAAUAGUGAGAAGAUGAAGCAGGUGUACGGAGAAUUCUGCAGCCAUCACAACGAAGCGGUCAACUUUUUCAAAGAGCUCCAGCAGCAUAACAAGAGAUUUCAGAUUUUCAUUAAGCAACAAGGUAAUAAUUAUUUGGUGAGACGGAAGGAGAUCCCAGAGUGCAUCUUGCUGGUAACCCAAAGGAUUACAAAGUACCCAGUGCUGCUGGAGAGGAUCUUACAAUAUACUCAAGAGGCCACGGUGGAGCAUGCCGACCUUUCCAAAGCACUGGCUCAGAUCCGAGAGGUGAUAGCAGCCGUGGACCUGAGCGUCAGCGAAUACGAGCGACGCCAGAGGUUACAGGAAGUGUGGAACCGCAUUGAGAACCGCAGCGCAGCCAAGCUGAAGAACGGCCAUACUUUCCGCAAGCAGGACAUGAUGGGGCCGGGGCAAACGCUCAAACACCAGGGCCUGCUUCUGUGGAAGACCGCCACCGGUCGACUUAAAGAUGUCCUGGCACUCCUUCUCACAGAUGCACUCAUCUUCCUGCAAGAAAAAGACCAGAAGUAUACAUUUGCCGCAGUGGAUCAGAAGCCUCCAGUCAUCGCGCUGCAGAAGUUAAUAGUGCGAGAAGUAGCAAACGAAGAGAGAGGGAUGUUUUUGAUCAGCGCGUCAGCCGCCGGGCCAGAAAUGUACGAGGUCCACACGUCAUCUAAAGAGGAGCGAAACACCUGGAUGAGGCUCAUUAGAGAGGCAGUGGAGAGCUGUCCGGAGGAAGAAGAAGAAUCCACGAGUGAAUCUGAAGAGGAGAGGCGAGCUGCCGAGGCUCGUAUUCAGAAGAUCCAUAAGUUACAAGAGAGUCUGAUGAGCCAGGACCAGCGGAUCUGCUCCAGCCUGGAGGAGAAGCUGCAGGUCUACGCGGGGCUCGCCGCUCUGAGUGGGAGGACGGACGCGGCACUGGUCGAACCGCGGCUGCUCGUCCAGCCGCAGUCAGAGGAGCUGCCCCAGGCUACAAGGCUGCUCUCUGCCGCUCUGCAAGAGGCUGAGAACCUGAAAGCCACGCUGUCAUCUCAGGCAUGUUCUCCAUCGACUCACAGCCCGGACUCUAGCACAGACUCUGUGUUUCCUGUCAGCCCUGCUACGCCUGUACAGCCCCCCUCAGACUCUAAGGCCUCACUCGCAAACCCGGAGGCCAGUGAGGGGAGCUGGACUGAGACCCUUGUGCUUCACGCCCCAUCUCUCCUGCAACAACCAGACAGGAAUGACAUUGACUUCAAGGUUUAUCAAAGUGUCCAAAGCUUGACCAAGUUACUCUACAGUCUGCAGGCCGCCGUCACCAUCCAGGACAGCUGCUAUGAGGUCCAGAGGCUCCUCCUCCAAGAGACUGGCCGCCCUUCCCCCCGCGCCCAGCGGUCGCACCUUCCAAGCAUCCGGGGCAACACCCUACAAGAGCAGGAGAAGCAGCGUAACCUGGAGAAGCGGAAGGAGGAGCUGGCGGCGGCCCAGCGGCUCCAGGACCGACUGCGCCAAGAGAAGGAGCGCUGGGAGAGGGAGUGCCAGGCCAGGGAGAGCCAGCAGGGGGAGCAGGAGAGCAGGCUGGAGGAGAGGGAGAGGCAGUGCCACCUGGAGACGGAGAGGCUGAGGCGCGAGAGGGAAGAGUUGGAUGAGCAGCUGGAGGAGUACCAGCAGAGCCUGGAGCGGCUCAGGGAGGGCCAGAGGAACGUGGAGAGGGAGCGCGAGCGUCUGGAGAACCAGCAAAAGCUGCUCCAGACCUGGAGGCACAGCCGGCAGAGGAGUCUGCCAACUGUGAUUCCUCACAUGGUCAUCCCUCUAGAUGGGCAGCAGGACUCGGUACCAAGUCAGUCCAGAGACCUCGCCGGUAACGGCUCCGUGUUUGUGAAUGAAGCUGCGUUCGCCAGCACCAGCGUCAACAACCGUCACGUCCACCACAAACGAAAUGACCCCAUCGCGCACAAUUGUCUGAACACCCUGCUGGCAAGAUCCAACAGCAGACAGACCCCCGUAGCUAAGACUCCCCACAGUCCACACUCAGACUCCCAGGGAUGGAUGAUGGGGACAGGGUACCUCUACAGCCCCGCAGGCCGGCUGGAGCUGCAGCACACGCCCAGUGAUCUUAACAGUCACGGCUACAUCGCGGAGACCUGGUCGUCAACAGCAGGUGGAGCUGACUCAUAUCCUGUGCUGCCUCAUCCCGGUGACCCUCAGCUGGACCUCAGUGCACUGGUUUCCUUGGAGACUGACAGCGGUGGGGAGGAGGGCAGUGAAGAAACCAUUGUGUACCUCUGAAUGGUGAUACAUUUUAGGCUCUUCAGCAUCCAACCCAGCACUUCAGACAUUCAUGAAGCACCAGGACUCUGGAUCAAGUGUGACUUCAGAAAGCAUUUCUCUCUUUAACAUUAUUUUGGCAUGCUUUUCUUUUAUAUUUGAAAGAUAGUUUUGUGGUCUUUUAUGUACGUGUAAAGUUACUGGAAAAAAAGAUAAAUAAGGUUGUUUCAGACUCAAUCGCACAUGUGUCAUGCACCUUAGCUCCAGGCACCACUGGGUGUUCAAUGUCUCUUUAUUUUCAUUUGUUUGUGCGUGUUCUUGACCGGGUCCCUGCAGCUACACU